AUGCCUUACUUCUUCCACAGCUACCGCCACUACCACCACCUAGGCCCCAAGGGUUCUUCACUUUUCUCCAUACCUCUUCAAAUCCUUAUAAGAGGUGCCCCUGAUCCCACAGCUGGGGCCAGCAUUGACGAUGAGAACUGUUGGCAUUUGGAUGAAGAACAGGUGAAAGAACAAGUGAAGCUCUUUCUGUCCCAGGGGGGUUACUAUGGCUCUGGAAAGCAACUCAACUCAAUGUUUGCCAAGGUUCGAGAGAUGCUGCGGAUGAGAGAUUCCAAUGGAGCCAGGAUGCUGACGCUUAUAACUGAGCAGUUCAUGGCUGACCCACGACUCACACUCUGGAGGCAGCAAGGCACAAGCAUGACAGACAAGUGCAGGCAGCUCUGGGAUGAGCUAGGCGCUUUAUGGGUAUGCAUAAUUUUAAAUCCACACUGCAAACUGGAGGAAAAAUCCUGUUGGCUGCAGCAACUGCAGAAGUGGAGUGACCUGGAUGUCUGUCCCCUGGAGGAUGGGAACUAUGGACAUGAGCUGCCCAACAUCACCAAUGCACUUCCCCAGAGUGCCAAUCACAGCCCAGACUCUUUAUCCAGACCAAGACGAACAGUGUUCACUAGAGCCAUCGAGGGCCGUGAAUUACAUUGGCAAGAUGGCCACCUACAGCAAAUAAUCAGAAGUGAUAUCUACACAGCUCCUGCCUGCCAGCGGGAAAGUGAGAGACUACUCUUUAAUUCCCAAGGCCAGCCACUGUGGCUGGAGAUCUUGCUGACUCUGGAUAUGUCCCUGUCUCUCUCUGAAAAGCCAUAG